GAAAAGAAAACCAUGUUCAUUUUCCUAAUUAAUCAAACCAACCACCAACAAGAUGAUUUCUGAGUCCCUCUUGUUAGUAUUCCUCAUUGUCUUCAUUUCUGCUUCCCUUCUCAAACUCUUGUUUGUGAGAGAAAACAAACCAAAGGCCCACUUGAAGAACCCACCAAGCCCACCUGCAAUACCCAUAAUAGGUCAUCUCCACCUCCUUAAACCCCUCAUCCAUCACUCAUUCCGAGACCUCUCUCUCCGAUAUGGGCCCCUCCUAAGCCUUCGAAUUGGUUCCGUUAAGUUCAUAGUUGCAAGCACCCCAUCACUCGCCCAAGAGUUUCUCAAGACCAACGAGCUCACAUACUCUUCCCGCAAAAUGAACAUGGCCAUCAACAUGGUCACUUACCACAACGCCACGUUUGCGUUUGCACCUUACGACACUUACUGGAAGUUCAUGAAAAAACUAAGCACCACUGAGCUCUUGGGAAACAAAACCCUCGGACACUUCCUACCUAUUCGGACGAGGGAAGUUCAUGACAUCAUUCAAUUUUUGUUCCAUAAAUCAAAGGCCCAAGAGAGCGUGAACCUCACCGAAGCGCUUUUGAGUCUUUCCAACAACGUAAUAUCGCAGAUGAUGUUGAGCAUUAAGAGCUCCGGUACAGACAGCCAGGCAGAGCAGGCACGGACUUUGGUUCGUGAAGUGACGCAGAUUUUCGGGGAGUUUAACGUGUCGGAUUUCUUAGGUUUCUGCAAAAACUUGGACUUGCAAGGUUUCAGGAAGAGGGCAUUGGACAUACAUAAGAGGUACGAUGCUCUGCUAGAGAAGAUCAUCUCUGAUCGUGAGGAGUUGAGAAGGAAAUCAAAGGUAGAUGGCUGUGAAGAUGGAGAUGAUGAGAAAGUGAAGGAUUUUCUUGACAUUUUGUUGGAUGUUGCUGAGCAGAAAGAAUGCGAGGUCCAGUUAACUCGGAACCAUGUCAAAUCAUUGAUCUUGGAUUAUUUUACGGCAGCUACUGACACAACUGCCAUAUCAGUGGAAUGGACAAUAGCAGAACUAUUUAACAAUCCAAAGGUGUUAAAGAAAGCGCAAGAGGAAGUUGAUAGAGUCACCGGAAACACGCAAUUAGUGUGUGAAGCAGACAUUCCAAACCUUCCUUAUAUUCAUGCCAUCAUAAAAGAAACAAUGAGACUUCACCCGCCAAUACCAAUGAUUAUGAGGAAAGGAAUCGAAGACUGCGUGGUUAAUGGAAACAUGAUUCCAAAAGGUUCAAUAGUUUGUGUAAACAUUUGGGCUAUGGGAAGGGACCCAAAUAUCUGGAAGAACCCUUUAGAAUUCAGGCCAGAGAGGUUUCUAGAAGGUGAAGGAAGUGCUAUAGAUACCAAAGGGCAUCAUUUUGAGUUGUUGCCAUUUGGCAGUGGAAGGAGAGGGUGUCCUGGAAUGCCUUUGGCCAUGCGUGAAUUGCCCACCAUCAUUGGAGCACUCAUACAAUGCUUUGAGUGGAAGAUGUUAGGUUCACAAGGUGAAAUCUUAGAUCAUGGAAGAAGCUUAAUCAGUAUGGAUGAACGGCCAGGAUUGACUGCCCCAAGGGCCAAUGAUCUUAUUGGCAUUCCUGUUGCACGAUUGAAUCCCACUCCUUUUCUUCAAAUGUAGUUUAUUGUCAAGGGAAUUUGUGACAACAAAGAGUUAUACGUGCCAACUAAUAAGUAUUUCCAUGAAAAAUAGAGUCAGUAUUAUUUCCAUGAUAAACUCAUGCAGUUUGAUAUUAUGGUAGGUGUAUGAGUUGAAAAAUGUUCUUUCAAAUCGUAUUUGUGGUGUAAUAUAUCUAAGAUAUUAUGAUUAUGAUGAGUGUAGGAGCUGGAAAAUGUUCCUUCUAUGUAUUUUUUUUAUUCAAAUAAAGACGAAAUUGAAUAAAAAUUAUCUUGUUGCAAAA